AUCUAAUGAUCUAACACUCGGGCGUGAGAAAAAUAUUUUUGAAAAAUAAUGGCCAUAGUGUGUCACGAAAGUCGGGUUCAGUGGAGACAUUUGACAAACACAUAAAUAGCAUAUCAAAGAGAAUUAAUUCCUGGCGCCUGGUGUGAGUGAGGCUUUGCCGCGCGGUUUCAUUUCAUUUCACCGCAGCAAGUUCGUUUCGGUGACUCCAUAAUUCCCAAUCAUCACCGCAGCAACCAAAUAGGGUCUGCGUUUCGUGCAAUCAAUCAAUCAAUCAAUCCAUUACAUUACACUGCAUGUUAUAUAAUCACACACACACACACACACACACACACACACACACCUGAACCAAUUUAGGUUUAGAGGAAACGGCAUCGUCGAUGGCUGAGAAGGAUGCGACGAAGCUUAAGCUGAAGCCUCGAAGACUCAAGGGUCACGACGACAGCACAACCUGCUGCAUUGCCUCACGUGAACGCUCUCAUCUCAUCGUCACUUCCGGCGAUGAUGGUCGUGUUUGCUGGUUUGACUUGCGAUGCCCUGAUGAGCCGAGACUGGUUAUGGAUGUUAGCGUGGAGCCAGUUUCCUCCCUUUGUUUCAAGUCAGGGAUGGAAGAUAUGAUUUAUGUCUCCUCAGGAAAGGAAAUCAAGUGUUUUGAUGUGCGAUUGGCUGCCGCCCAAUGGAAGCCAUUGGAGAAUUAUAAUUAUAACAAAGAAGAGAUAAACAAGGUUGUAUGCAACUCAAAGUCCUCAUUUCUUGCUGCAGCAGAUGAUAAUGGCGAGGUGAAGAUAAUUGACAUUCAUCAGCAAUGCCUGUAUAAAACACUACGAGCUGGUCAUACAAGUAUAUGUAGCACUGUGGAAUUCCUUCCUUGGAGAUCCUGGGAAGUCAUUAGUGGAGGUCUUGAUUCAAUGCUCAUGUUGUGGGACUUCUCCAAAGGGCGCCCCUACAAAGUAGUGGAUUUUGCUACAUUUGAUGUGAGUAGUGGCAUUGCUGGCCGGUGUGUCAAUCCUGCUUUUGUUCAUGCCAUAGCUAUUCCAGAAGUCGACAUGCUAGAUAAAUUAGACAAAAUAUGUGCUGUUGCAAGGGGAGAUGGAGCUAUUGAUGUGAUUAAUAUAGAAACAGAAAUGGCUGCUACAAAAUCAAAAAGCUCUUCAAAUUCACGAAAAGGAUCACACUCAAGAUCAAAAGAUGGUAGUUCAUCUAGCAAUACAGAUGCAGAUCAAAAUGGAAAAAAGAGGUUGCAUUUGGAUUACACUUUGGGUGGUCACACUGCAGCUGUUUCCAGCCUGGCAUUUUCAUUGUUUGGGGAAAGAGGGAAAUUCUUGAUAUCUGGAGGAAAUGAUAAGUUGGUGAAGGUAUGGAAUUUGUCCUGUUAUCCAGAUGCUGGGUUAAGUGACGACAACAACAACAAUAUCCUACAUUUGAACAUUGAAGUACCUCGAAAAGUCAAUUGGCUGUGUACCACCUCAGCUGAUACAGACAACCUUGUUGUGUGUGACACAUCUAAAGUAGUAAAGGUCUACUCUAUAACAUAGUUUAAAGCUAGAUGACAGUGAUUCUUGGAAUGAGUAUUCCUGGAGAGCAAACAAAACCUAAAAUGACUGUUUGAAAAUGUAAUGUUGCACUUAUUCUGAAGAUCGCUCUCCUGACAGGAAAUGUGCUAAUGGCCCAAGGCUUAGCCUAGAUAUACCUGCCUAGGUGCCUGCUAUGCGAUUCUCUCCCGGAUUCAUUGCCUACAGGAGCUGUUCAAUGAUGACCUAUAAUUAUUCAUUUACAUGGUGAUGGUGUGAUUCAUGCCAUGUGUUUACUUGCACUUUUCCAUUCGCCUAUGUUAUCUCGCCUCGCUCUUCCAGAAUAUCUCUUGCUUUCUUCUAAUUUUUGGCUGUCAAAGCUAUUAUUUGUAAAUGUUUAAUGUCUGCCAGAAAUUAGAAGUGAAGCUUCUCUUGCUAAGAGUUCUCGUGCAAAUUUAUUUCUUUUUACAUUUAAGUUGAUUGUAUUCGAGUAAUUGUUAGUGAACACUGAACAAAGUAACUCACUAUUAUGAGUGUGUUUGGAUUGAUAAAAUUGAUUUUAAUUAAAAUUGAUUUUAAAGUGAUA